GACCCGGCGCGCGCUGGGGUGGCCGCGGCCCCUCAGCCCGGCCCGCGAUCCUUCGCGGCCAGAGCCGCUCCAGAGAGCGCUCCUGGAACAGAGAAACAGAGCUAUUCCUGCUAUUGCAUCAGCCCGGGGCUGCUCCGGAGAGCGCUCCUGGAGCAGAGAAACAGGGCCAUUCCUGCUAUUGCCUCGGUCCGGAGAGCGCUCCUGGAGCAGAGAAACAGAGCCAUUCCUGCUGUUGCCUCCGGCCGGGAGCUCUGGGUCAGCUUCCCUGGGGCAGCCGGAAAAGGGAACUCCUCCUCCAGACCACGUUUCGGAGUGGGAGGGGGAAGAAAGGCUUUAUGGCAAUGCUAGAUCCUUUAGAGAACAACUUGUUUGAUCUUCCUGAUUAUGAGAACACAGAAGACGAAACAUUCCCACCUCUUCCACCUCCUGCCUCUCCAGGAAGAGAUGAUGCAGAAUGGGCUCAGGCUAAUGGAGAUCCAGAUGGAAACCAGCAGUCCCAAACAAAGGAUUCUGCUGUGACCACACAGAAGGCAGUAAAAAGACCAAGGCCUAAAUUAGAUGCCCAAAGGUUAAUUUCAGAAAGAGGGCUCCCAGCUCUGAGACACAUGUUUGACAACGUCAAGUUCAAGGGCAAAGGGCACGAGGCAGAGGACCUGAAGACACUGAUCCAACAUAUGGAGCACUGGGCUCACAGACUGUUCCCAAAACUGCAGUUUGAGGAUUUUAUUGACGUAGUGGAGUCUUUGGGAAACAAAAAGGAGGUUCAGACCUGCCUCAAGCGGAUUAGACUCGAUCUUCCUAUUUUACAUGAAGACUUCAAAAAUAAUGAAGAAGGAGAAGGGGAAAGCAAUGGGCUGGAUGCAGCUGCUGAAGGUGCACAUUCCCACUCCGGCAGUGCAGAGGAGCUGGAUUCCCUGCCUGGGCCGAGUCUGACGGAGGAGCAGCAGGAGCGGAUGAAGAAGAACCGGCAGCUGGCCCUGGAGCGGAGGCAGGCGCGGCUGCAGGGCCUCAGCCAGUCCCAGCACCAGGAGCUCCCCAGCAGUUACUCAGAAGAGUUUGACAGCCCAGUUGCUCAGGAUCCCCCUGACCUUACUGAAGACACUCAGGUUCCUGCAGCCAAGGAUGCUCCCACAGAAGAAGAUGGAGAUGAUGAAUUGGGAUGUGUCAGGGAAGAGCAGUAGUUCCCCCACACCGUGAAUGCCUUUCUUGACCAAAAUAGACCCCCUGCUUUAAGUACUUUCAUUACACUGAAAUGUUGCUGGCUCUUGGCACUCCAGAAGCUUCAGGGACGUCUUUCCCAUGGCACCACUGAAGGACAGAACUUGUCCCUGGAAGCUGCAGGGGAGCAGCUCAGUACACCAGGAAACAGAACAAAGUUCUUCAGCUGCACUUGAACCAUCAUUUCCACCUCCCAAAACAUUUUCUAGGACAUGUUUAUGAGUUUUUGGACCUACUUUGAAUAUAGUUUAUAAUUUAUGUUCAUUUGAUGGAUUAAGUUGCUGUUAAAGGUGUGUUUGGGGUUUUUUAACAGUCCUUUUAACAGGGGUACUGGAUUUUUUUUAACUGCUUAUUCAUUACUUAUAUAUUUUUCAUAUAAAAUGAAAGCUAUUAAAUUUCAAAAGUCAAACCUGAAA